AUGCAGCCAGGCAAUUGCAGCGCCAUUCAUCCAAGCUCCGUCCUGGCCUCGCCUCGCCUCCGCAACGUCGCCUCUGUGCUGCUGCUCCUCCUCCUCCUCCUCUUCCUCUUCCUCCUCCUCUUCCUCUGUCCUGCCAUUCUGUUCCUCCAUUGGUUGCCUUUUCUCGUCACUCCCUCUCCCCCGUCUCAGCUGUCAGGUCCUCCAUCCAUCCAGUCGUCAAUCAUGCUCUUCAGCGCCUCGCUUCUGGCCAUCAUGGCCACCAAGCUCCUGGGUGUCUUUGCCCAGGACGCAGAUGCCGGCUUCUCCCCCGCCGACGGCGGCGCCGUCCUCAAUGCCGACAUCACCACCUCGUUCCCCGACGCCGACCUGGGCGUCAAGCUCGUCAACGGCCGACCCACCAAUGCCCUGCUGGAGAUCGUCAACAAGGACGACGCGCCCAUGACGGUCGUCUUCGUCACGGGCGCCCUCGUCUCCACCAAGCCCGUCGCCGACGAUGCGCCCCGAUACCAGUCCAUCCUGCGCAACCUGACCGCCGUCCAGUACAACGUCGACGUUCCCGCCGGCGAGACCAAGAGCCUGCCCUACACCUUUGCCCAGGACAUGAACCCCCAGGAGGUCCGUGUUCAGCUCACCGCCGUCGUCACCAGCGGAAAGGGCGAGAUCUUCCAGGUCGCUGCUUUUGACGACACCGCGUCCAUUGUCGAGGCCCCGGUCAGCUUCCUUGAUCCCCAGAUUAUCUUCCUCUACCUAUUCUUGACUGGCGCAUUCGCGGGCAUUCUGUACUUUGUCUACAAGACCUGGAUCGAGGCCUUAUUCCCCGCCCCAGCGCCCAAACGCUCCAACGCCGCUGUUGGUACGCCCAAGACCCCCAAGGGCAAGUCCGAGAGCGAGGCUGUGGUUGAGGCGACUGGUGUCGCUGUGGAGCCUGACCAAAGCUGGAUUCCGGAUCACCACGUGAACCGGCCCUCUGCGCGCCGCGUCAAGUCCGGUGCGAGUGCCAAGAAGAGGAUCGAAUAG